AAACUGAAAGCAGGUAGAGGCACUUCCUGCGGGCAGAAUUAAAGAGAGAGAAAGGGAGUUCUCCUCUGAUCUCCCUCAAAAACCAAUCAGGCCAGAUUAGCCAGGCGUUGAUUCUCCCUCCGUCCCUCCUACACCUUUUUCAGAGACCCAAUGGCCUUGUCCCUUUGGGAGAUUGACUAGAGUCACAUGAGCUGCACCAAGGGCAGGUAACUCAGGAGAGGGGAAGGGGAAGAAAAAAAAAAAGGAGAGGAAAAAAAAACCACCAAGGCUAGGCUGAGCUUCUGCCAUGAUGUCAGAGGGAAAGAAACCCACAGCUUGCUAAUUCCACCUCCCAAUCAGCCCCGGGAAGGAGAGCACCGGGAACAGUUGUUUCCCCCUGUGGUCAUGACGGCUUCGCACAGUGACUCUUUGGUGGUGUUGUUUGGGGCAACAGCUGGUGCAUAUGGGGCUAAACUGGGUUCGGAUGAGAGGGAACUAAUUCUCUUGGUGUGGCAAGUUGUGGAUCUACACAGCAAGAAGGUAGGGACGCUACACAAAUCCCUGGUGAAAGCAGACAACUUGGACUUAAGUGACCAGUGUCGCGAAGUCAGUGCCUUAACGCCAGAGGGACUGAGCAAAGCCGAACCGCUGGACCGGGUUCUUCAACAGUUUAGUCAACUGGUAUCCAGUGAUUUGAAAGUACUUGGAAGGAGCUCUUACACACUCUGCAGUGAUGGCCAGUUACUCAUUCGACAAGUCCUCCACCCAGAAACAUCCAAAAAGAACCUGCUGCUGUCAGACUGCUUCUAUUCCUUCUAUGACCUGCGCAAAGAAUUCCGCUCUUGCUACCCCAGUUCAGCCGCCGGGAAGGAUCAGACCAUCAAGACCAUGGCAGAAUAUCUAGGCUUAGGGACAGAUGAAGCAGAGGAGGACUUUGGCGUGUGGCAAGUGAAAACCAUGGUGGCCAUCAUUUUCAGCAUGCUCUCUGAAGGUUGUAAUCACGUAUUUACUGAGCCUGAAACUGUGAAACACAAGUAUGAAACAGGCCCUUGUAGUAAAUCUGAAACUGUGGACAGUGAGACAGUAAUACGUGCCAGAGGUUUGCCAUGGCAGUCUUCAGACCAAGAUAUUGCUCGAUUCUUCAAAGGUCUCAAUAUUGCCAAAGGUGGUGUGGCUCUUUGUCUGAAUUCCCAAGGAAGAAGAAAUGGGGAGGCCUUAGUUCGGUUUGUCAGUUCUGAACAGAGGGACCUUGCACUGGAAAGGCAUAAGCAUCACAUGGGCAGCAGAUACAUUGAGGUUUACAAAGCAACUGGGGAGGAAUUCUUAAAAAUUGCAGGAGGCACCUCCAAUGAAGUGGCCCAGUUCUUAUCCAAGGAGAACCAAGUUAUCAUCCGGAUGAGAGGCCUUCCAUUCACUGCUACACAGGAGGAUGUCCUGGGGUUCCUGGGGCCCGAGUGCCCAGUCACAGGAGGGAAAGAGGGACUUCUCUUUGUCAAGUAUCCAGAUGGCAGGCCCACAGGAGAUGCAUUUGUGUUAUUUUCCUGUGAAGAAUAUGCACAAAGUGCACUUAAAAAGCACAAAGAAAUACUUGGAAAACGUUACAUAGAACUCUUCAGGAGCACAGCAGCAGAAGUCCAACAGGUACUUAAUCGAUAUAUGUCAACACCUCUCAUCCCAACUCUGCCAACUCCCAUCAUCCCAGUCAUCCCCCCCCCCUACGCCAUUGCCACGGGCAGUGUCCGGGACUGUGUCCGGCUCCGAGGGCUCCCUUACACCGCGGGCAUCGAUGACAUCCUGGAAUUCAUGGGAGACGCCACCGGUGACAUCAAGCCCCAUGGAGUUCACAUGGUCCUUAAUCAACAGGGACGACCAUCAGGUGAUGCUUUUAUCCAGAUGAAAUCUGCUGACAAAGCCUUUAUGGUGGCUCAAAAAUGUCACAAAAAAAUGAUGAAGGACCGUUAUGUGGAAGUAUUCCAGUGUUCAGGAGAGGAGAUGAACUUUGUUUUAAUGGGUGGCACUUUAAAUCGUAGUGGCUUAUCCCCACCGCCAUGUAAGUUACCAUGUCUCUCUCCACCAGCUUAUGCUGCUUUCCAGACAGCAGCUGUGAUUCCAGCAGAGGCAGCACUGUACCAGCCACAAGCCCUCUUGCCAACCACCAGGACUCCCCAGGCCUCUGCAGCUGCUCCUCCAGCUGUUACCUACUACCCAGCUCAGGCUGCUCAGCUUUAUAUGAAUUACACAGCUUACUAUCCCAGUCCUCCAGUGUCUCCUACCACAGUGGGGUACAUUGCAGCUCCUCCAGGAGCUGUAGCUGCUGCUGCCACUGCCACCCACACUCCGAUCCUGCCCCAGCCUGGAGCGCUGGUCCGGAUGCAGGGCUUGCCAUACAACACAGGAAUGAAGGAGAUACUCAGCUUCUUCCAGGGCUACCAGUAUGCACCCGAUGACUACAAUGGCCUGAUUCAGCUGAGCGAUCAAGCCAGGAGUGUGUUACAAGCACCGAAAGAGUGGGUCUGUUUGUAACUCUUUGUAACUUCUGAAGAAGCUCCAAGCAGAUUCCAUCCUCAUGCUUUACAGCUUUAGUGGCCAGCCAUGGCGAGGCAUUGGUGACUUUUUCCAAGCCUGGAUCUAGCUAAGAAAGCAGUGGCUGAGAAAAACGGACAGCUCCUGGGAAGCCGCUGUGUAGAACUGUACCUGGCUAACUAAACUCUCUCUGGGGGAUGAGGAGAGAAUGUCGCACUCAACACCGUGCCUUUUGCAAAAUAAGAAGGUUCUCCCUUGCCACCCAGGCAGCAACAAAUGUGCCUUUCAGCAUAACAAGUUGGAAUGCAGAGUGGUAAAUGUCCUGUACUUAAUUUGAAAAAUGGUGCAUCCAAUGCCAAAGAUAAGUGAAAGCAAAAAUAAUGCGGUUAAUUUACUUAAUUUCUAAUGUACUUGUGUAAAAAUAAGUAAACCCACUCCUGGCAUGUAGUUAAUUUGAAGACAGUCUAACAGCACUCAGCUAUUGCAGCCUUGGGAGAAACGUAGUAGCAUUUGAAGUGGAAAGCGAAGCUUGAGUCAUUCAGAUAUUUGUGUGUUUAGUUUUCAGAGUUUACACUUGACAAAGUGUCCUGUUUUUUGUAGAGUUUAAAUGUCUUUAGGAAGGUCUUUUGAAAUGCAUGACUUACCCAGUUCAAAACGUAGAUCAUAUUGAUUUUUGUGUUGUAUUGUUCUCGACUGGGAAAUAUCAGGAUGCUGGACCCCAAAUGCAAUUGUGCUUUUUCAUGUUUUCAUUAGACCUGGUUUUGCAAAAAGCCAUAUUUGUCUUUCUUACAAGUGUACUGCUGCCAACAUGUAAAGCAGAAAAAAUAAAACCAACAUCAAAUCAGAAAAAACCCUCCCUGCCUGCCCAUAACUUGCUGCCCCCAGCCGCAAACUUAAUCUCUACAGGACAAAAAUGGCACAUAAACCUGAGUACUGAUAAGUUAUAUUUUUUUAUUUAAGCAUAAUAGCUUUCAGAUACUGUAUUAAAGAUUUUGCUCUAGUUUAUGUGCAUGCAAUUUGUUUACAUCUUUAAACUACUUUAUUUGUAUAUUAUGAAACAACAAGAUAUGUUGGAAUCUCAAUUCUCUAGUGCAUGCUUUUUUCUUUUUCCCGUGUGUACAUACAUAAGCUAGAAGUACUUUUAUGUCAUGUAGCAUGUGUUUAAAAAAAGACAUCUGCUGUAGAAGCACUAAAUGACUUUGUUUUUACUGUGCCUUACUUCAAAACCAUUCCAAGUGCAAUACCAGCAGAGCAAAAUGUAAUGAAUUCUGUUGUUGACAUGUUCAUGGAUGUCUGAAUUGAUCCUUUUUGUUAGUGUACAAUUUGAGUUGUACUUUAAAGAACUGAAUGAUGUAUGCUUCUUUAUAUUACAACAAAUAAAAGAGAUGCUUACUAUGUGCAUUGGCUUUUGAAAGUA